AUGAGUGGACAAGGUGAUGGUACAUACUAUGAUCCCGGUGUAGGUCUAACUGCGUGUGGUACUUCAUUUACAUCUGAAGAUUAUAUUGUAGCCAUGAAUGAAUACGAUUUUGGUUAUACAGAUAAUCCAAACACUAGUCCCACGUGUGGUAUCUGUGUCAUGAUUACAGGUCCAAAUGGUUCCCAGAAAGCUCAAAUUCAAGAUAUCUGCCCCAAGGCUGGUUGCGGCAGAGGAUCUGUCGAUUUAUCACCUGCUGUUUAUGCUAAAGUAGGAGACUUUUUUGACGGUCGUAUUCCUAUUUCAUGGAAGCAGUGCUAG